UGAUGUUACACGGAGACAAUUUUAUAUGGAUUUGGGGAGGUUAUAUCUGCCGAACUGCCGGUGUCAUCUGAGCGGGAGGCACUUAGCUAACAACGAACCCCUCACGCACCUCUCUUCCAACACCCUGGAUUCAGCCUAGUGUGAGGAGAGCCGAUCAAGCAAGCAACACAAUCGUAUAGGUCGCCGCGUCGCAUCAACUCGGUAAAAGAUUCCGACGGCGAGUUCCAACACUCAACAUUGGUGGCCGGAAUCCUUCUUUAACCAGGGCAUGGGAAAGAUCAACCUCUGCCCCCAAGGUGUGUCUCCAAGGUACCAUACGAUCAAAGAUUUUAUUCAAGUGGAAGAGGGCACGGUCAAGAUGAUUGGCACUAUCAUUCUUGGCUUGGUCCUUGCCCUUGCCUUGUCAUUCUUUGGGCUCUCCUUUCCAGCGCUGCGGCAGCGAUGGAGGCUUCAUGCACACCGCUCACAGCUCCCUCCAGGACCCAAGACCAUCAAGACCGGUAUUCGAAAGCCAUGGCUCUGGUUCCAAGAACUGAGCAAGGAAUACGGCGAUGUUGUCUACCUCCAGAUGGGACCGACCCCGACCAUCAUCUUGGGUUCCGCCCAGGCAGCCUGGGACCUGCUUGAGAAGCGUGGAGCUAUCUACUCGUCCCGCCCACGAUUCAUCAUGGGCGGCGAGCUCUUGUCUGGAGGCAUGCGAGGUCUCAUGGCUCCCUAUUCGGCUUUUUGGAGGCGUUGGCGUAAAGCCUUACACAACGGCUUCAUGCAGCGCCAAAGUGAAUCUUACCGGCCUAUCCAAAACCUCGAGUCCAAGGUCCUGAUGCACGACUUGCUCACGAACCCCAAGGAGUUUCGGACCCAUUUUGAGCGUUAUGCUGCUUCUGUCAUUGUGACAGUCACGUAUGGGCGAAGGGUUGAAGAUGUUCGGACUGAUGCUGUGGUGCGGGCCAAUGCUGAGUCUAUGGGCCGUCUAACCUCUGUCAACAUCCCAGGCAAGUUUGCCGUAGAACGAUAUCCGGCCCUCCAGUAUUUGCCGAGCAUCUUUGCGCCAUGGAAGGCCGAAGUGCUGAGGCAACGGCAAAAGGAUGUCGACAUGUAUCUCGGUCUCGUGAACGAGGUCAAAGACAAGAUGAAGCGAGGCGUAGCAGCAGACUGCUUUACCACGUACCUGAUCAACGAGCAGAAGAACCAUGGCAUGAAUGACCUUGAGCUGGCCUAUGCUGCUGGUUCACCGUUUGGUGCUGGAGUUGAGACGUCCGCCGGCUCCCUAGCCAGCUUCCUCCUCGCCUGCGUCAAGUUUGGCAAGGACUUUAUCCCCAAGGCCCAGGCCGAGCUGGAUAGAGUCGUUGGUAAUGAUCGGGUACCGACUUUCGAAGAUGUGGCAUCACUCCCGUAUGUCGCUGCUAUCGUCUCGGAAACGCUGCGGUGGCGGCCUAUUGCUGUUCUUGGGGGCACACCACAUGCCAGUAUCGCGGAUGAUACGUAUAAGGACAUGUUUAUACCGAAGGGGAGCACGGUUAUUGCGCCUCUUUGGAGUAGUGAGUGCUCAAGCUCUUUUUACUUUCUUUCUUUUCCUCUUUAUAUCUCGUUUCAUCCUGCCCUUUUCCUUAUUCUUCUGGUCCGGUUGGCUUCUCGUUCUUCUAUCGCUCGAUUGUCAUCCAUCCUUUUUUUCUCCGUGAUUGUAGGAUUGUGGUUCCUUUUAUCCUUGUCUCUCCCCUACUUUAUUGAUUUUUUUAGUGCUUCUUUUUUAUCCGUCUUUUCUCUUGUUAUUUUUCUAUUAAUAUCUCCUGUUUUCUUCUUCUUCUUGUUUUUUUUUGUUUCCGUAUUCCAUAACCGCUAGCUUCAUGUGGCCGUCAAGGUACACUCACAUGCUCCGCCAGGGUCAGUCUCUGGUUCUGGGACUUCGGAGGUUCCCGUUACCCUCUCUCCUUUGUUGUCCUUCUCUUCUUCAACGCAAUCUUUUCGUUCUCAGUUAGCCAAGUAGUACAGCCAUCACCUCGCAAUCGUACCCAUCUUGCUAC